AUGUCGUCGCCCUCCCCCGAGACGACCACGACUGAGACCGCUACUGCCACUGCCUCCUACAUCGACGAUGACGGGUCCUUGCUCUCGCGUGCCGCCAGCUAUACCGAUCUUCCGAGCCAGCCGGCCUCCGAGCCCAGCCAGACGACAUUGAGGCGAACCUUCUCCGAUUAUGCCGUGCCCGCCCUGGCCGAGUCGCCAACCAAAGAGAACGUGGCAGCUGGGAAAGACAUUCUGCGCCGCACAUCCCUACGCUCGAAGGACAAACCCCCCGUCUCCGUCUCACAUUUCACACUAUCUUCAUCGGAGGACCUGAAGGAUGCCGACUCCCAAGAGAAUGCAGCGAAGCUACCAGAGACCCGAGCUCCCGAGCCCGCAGCUCGCCCAUCCAAGAGUCGCUCCAUGUCCGGGCGUAUCGUAAGCCUAGCGCGCAAGCCAUGGGGGUCUUCCUCGCGGUCACCCUCUCCCUCCGCCAAAAGAACCAAGCAGCGAGCAGAAGAGCAGUCUCCGACGAGGUCCGGGAGUCGGAAAGGGGACGCGACCGAUUCGGACUCAGGACAGCCCUCGCGCAAGCGGACAAUACUGUAUAAACGGCCACGGCGGCCAAUGGUGGCCGUGGUGGCCAAGGGAGACAGCGAGGACACGCCCAGCUCGCCAAGUAGCCCGUCGGGGAACUCCUUACGGCACCGCUCAUCGUUUGAGAAGUUCACAGCGUCUCUCUCUGUGUCUACUCCGGUCCUGCCGCCGAUGCCAAAGGGGGCUACGGCCACGGUUGCAUCAUUUGCAAACCAUGCAGCCGAUCAUUCGCGCAAGAAGGAUGAGCUCUGGGGGGUUUUUCGCGGCCUCGAGGCAGAUUAUCAGAAGUUCCAAUCAAAGUCGAGCUCUUUGAAGGCUAAUGUGAUUCGCACUUCACUUCUCCCGUUCUUGAGCCGACACCACCUCCAUGCGUCCUGUAGGAAUCUGCGACCCGAAGAUCUGGACCGCCGAGUUAAUAUUCUCAACAAAUGGUGGGUUGGGAUGCUGGAAAUGCUCAAUGGCAAGAACAAUCAAUCGAUCUCCGGAACCGACAGACCCGUCUUUCUCGAGGCAGUGGUAGGCAUCAUGACUCGACCCGAAUGGCGCAUCCCGUUUCCCACAGCGCAGCAGAACGGUGGACCCGCAGACUCGUUGAAAUAUGCAUCAACUUCGGUUUCGGAAACUUCAGAAGGAUCUGGGUCCUCAGGAUCGGAUUUCUUAAUUGAAUCGAUCCAUCACAACAUCCGCAACAUCUUCGUCCAGAACCUGCUGUCGCAAAUGUCAUUCGUGGCCGAACGCAUGUCCAUGAGACACGCUCCGGCUAGCUUGGUGGCAUUUUGUGGCAAGGUUUGUGCAUAUGCCUUCUUCUUUUGCCCAGGGGUCGCAGAUAUCUUGGUGCGCCUCUGGAACACUUCCCCGAACGUCUUCCGCCGCAUUUUCGCAGACUCGGCCGAGUCACGAACAGGGAAUCUGCGGACUUAUACCCAAGAGCUUGCUCUCAGCUUUCCAAUGGCUCUUCGCCCUUUAGCCUUCCAUUCACACGCACCCUUAUUGCGAUAUCUACGCCGAAAGCCCGAGGCUCCUUUGAACACCCACAACGUUCCUUGGCAUGGUCCAUGGAUUGCGCGCUGGUGCGGUCGGGACACGGAUCUCUUUUUCGUUUUCAUCAAGUACAUCCACAUCUUGUAUGCGGAGUACUUUCCUCCAGAAACCGAGAAAGUCAAGCGGGUUUUGGCACCUGGGUUGCUCCUUGUGCAGGCGCAGCUGCUUGUUGUGAUCGAGGACACAAUCUACAAACAGUCACUUCACCACCCCGAGAGUAACCAGGCAGCUGCAGCCAUUACAUUCGACGACUUUAUCGAGUCACCGGAUGCAUCGGCCUCGUCCCAUACCUUGGGAGGGGGAAGGAAUGGCCAUCGGUCGAUGGCUGAGAACCGCCUUAUCAUUCUUCUUCGAGAUUUCUUGUCCGAGUCCUCGGCGGAGCCAAAUCGUGCUCGAUUACUCUAUGCGGAGACUUUCUGCGGGCUACUAAAAAUCGCCGCUCAGAGGAUCUCCCUUUUUGAUCACAAUGCAUGCUUUUUGCUUUGUGACUUCGUUGAGGAGGUCAUUCCGAUCAUUACGCGAUAUGCUCAAUCAAUCGAGAGAGAAUUAUUGGACUGGAGAUUCUGGCAAGAGGUGUGUCGGCAGAUGAUACAGAGCCACAACUCGCUUACCGAGGUUCGAGUUUUCUCUUUCAUCUACUGCAUCUGGGGAACUUGGACUACCACGGACGAGAGAAAGGCUGGCCUUUGUCUGGACUUCCUCCUUCAUGAACCUGUAUUUUUCCAAUACUUCAGUCAUUGGAGUCCGAUGGUGCGCGCCUACUUCCACCGUCUCCUCUGCUGGAGAAUGGGUCGAUUCAACGGGAAUCCUACGUCACUUGACUCCACCAUCUAUGAGACGCUCUCUGAUCGAUUGCUGCGGGUGUGGGAAUACUAUGUUGGAUAUCAGUGCAAAGCAGAAGAAGGGUUCCUUGCGCCAUUAUCUUCUGCACCUUGCACUCCGGCCCCGGGACGAAGAAUCAUCAUUAUCCGAUGUGACAAUCAGCUGUCUCCAGUGAAUCUUUUCGUUUCGUUCGACCGAGUUGUUCCUCCAACCCCACCCGACAAGGUGACAGCACAUCGGAGAUCCAGCUCAUCGGACUCCACCGGCUCAGAUGGCACACCUUCCAAGAAAAGAUGGACGCUUUUCCGGAACAUGUUCAGCACCUCGUCAAGCAGCCGAUCUCUUGAAACCACGGGCGGCAACGGCAGUUCGGAUGAGUCUGACGGCGGUGGCCCCGAGCCGACAACUCUGAUGACCGAAAGCAGGUGCAUGGAUGAACAUGAGCCUACUCCUAACAAUAGUACGGAUGAGCUUAUCCGACCCAAGACCCCACACCAACCAUAUUUCUUUAAAUUUUCGCUCGAGUGGAUGGACCGGCCGCAGUGGCCCACCAAAAACAAACGCUUGUUUGCACCUUGCCUACCUGUGGCAUCUCAACUGCAUAUCCAACACUGUCGCGAGCCCUUUAAGUCUUCUGACUGUGACGCGGAUUCGGAGCGUACCUCCACUCAGGAAAAUACCAGUGAUAGCGAUGCUCCGGAAGCGAUCCUGGACUCCGACGAACGGACGACAGAAACCGAUAUUGCCCUUGAACCUACAUCUGCGUCUUCGCCUUCACCCGAGAAACCAUCCUCUGAGAACCAGGCUAGGGUACCAACCACUAAGAAUUCUCCACUUCCAGAACUCCCUUCUCAACCCGCCUACAACCACCUUGUUCCCAGCAAAUAUGCCGGUCGAGCUCUGGCAGAGUGGGCACACAUUGUCUCCGAAUGCGACAGCUUCUUCGCGCGAAGGCGUGACGAGGGCGUUCCUUCUGAUCGUAUGGUCGAGACCCCAACACUGGGUGUCGAAAGCUUUCGGAAAUGA